AUGUCGCAACCCAAAAUCCUCUUCGUGCUCACCAGCCACAACAAGAUGGGCGACACCGGGAAGCCUACGGGAUGGUACCUGCCCGAGUUCGCACACCCUUACGAGGUCCUCGCCCCCCACACCCAGAUCACCAUCGCCUCCCCUUCAGGCGGAGCCUCCCCGCUCGACCCGGCCUCCAUCGAGGCGUCGCAGGAUGAUGCCGCGUCGUUGAAAUUCUUGAAGGAGAAGGAGAAGCUAUGGACUAACACUGAGAAACUGUCGAGCUUUGUGGGCAAGGCGGCGGAGUUCGAUGCCAUCUUCUUUGUGGGAGGGCAUGGACCAAUGUGGGAUCUCUCUCAGGACGCCACUUCCCACCAGAUCAUCAACGAGUUCGCCUCGGCCGGCAAGAUCGUCUCUGCAGUCUGCCACGGCCCCGCCGCCCUCGCUCACGUCAGGACGCCCGCCGGUGACUACCUGCUCAAGGACCAUGCCGUCACGGGCUUCUCCACCUCGGAGGAAGACGCCGUCGGCCUGACGCAGGCAAUGCCGUUCAUCCUCGAGGACCAGCUCAAGGUCGCCAGCGGCGGCAAGUACCGGAAGGCCGACGGCGACUGGGCGCCGAACGUGGUGGUCAGCGGGAAGAUCAUCACGGGCCAGAACCCGGCGAGUGCGAGUGGGGUUGGAGAGGCGAUUCUGAAGGCUGUUAAGUACUGGCGGUUAGAGUGGCUUGCUUGCUUCCUUGCUUGCUUGGAAGUUGCGUACGAUAUAGAAUACCAUACAUUACGUGAGCUCACUUCUGUCUCCCAGAAUGAAAACACAACUUUUAUCCCAAGAAUAAUCUUCCACUCAUUGGCCCCGUCCCACUUUAUCUCGCUGUUUCUGCUGAGCAAAGCAAAGAAGAAGAAGAAGAAGAAGAAGAAGAAGAAGAAACCUUUCCAGGGUUUCGACGAGCGGAGGUCAAGUUUUGGUCAUGUCGUGAUGUCUGAUUCGGAAUGCAUGAUAGAAUCACUUACUUUCGACGUUCGACCCCGAUGGGGAGAAAUAGCAGGACUACGAAAGAGGAUAAAUCUCGGCAGAUUAUUUACUUAUUUUCUGCAGGUCCCACCCGAUCCUUGCCGAAGAACGCAAAUCCGCUGGCCGGCCAUGGGCGAUUUAGAUCCCGCGUUUGUGCACGCGCUGGCAGCGCAAUCCUGGGUUCUAUAUGGUGUUGGGAUGUUCCUGCUACUGCUACGGAUAUACGCGAGGAUACACAGACUCGGCAUCAAGAGGCUUCAGACGGAUGACUAUCUCAUGCUACUAGCUGGAGGUUUAUACACGGCACUAAUUGCAUGCUUAAACAUCAUUGCGGGUGGAGGGGGAAGCAACCUCUACCAGCCAGGAGACUUCGACACUUUUACUGCGAAGAAUAUCGAGGAGAGGAUCAAGGGAUCCAAGAUUGUUCUCGUCUCGGAACAGGCAAUGCUUAAUGUGAUUUACGUUAUAAAAGCAUGCAUGCUCAUCAUGUAUACGCGCCUUACGUUAGGGUUACAAGUUCAGCGCAUGGUUGUCUAUCUCUCUGUCUAUGUUGCUGUAGGCUGGGUCGCGACCGAGAUUGCCUUCUUCACGGCGUGCACCCCAUUCAAAGGCUACUGGGCCAUGCCCCCUCCGAAUCACCAAUGCACGACACUCCAAAACUACGCCAUAGUUCAAGCUUGCUUCAACAUCUCCUCCGACUUCCUGAUGCUCUUCAUCCCCCUCCCUCUCGUAACUAAGCUCACCAUACCCCUGAAGCAGAAGGCCGUGCUCAUCCUCAUUUUCUCCAUGGGCACCUUCAUCAUCGUCGCCGCGAUCCUCACCAAAGUCUUCAACCUCUCCGACGUCUUCUCGCCCAGGUACAUGCUGUGGUACACCCGCGAAGCGUCGGUCGCCGUCUACGUUUCCAACCUCCCGAUGAUCUGGCCACUCCUCCGCGAAUGGUUCCCCUCUCUCAAAGGCUUUACCCCGUAUCACAAGCCAUCCCCGAAAGGACUUUCGUAUAGUGCGGGCGGCACCAAGCCGCAUGCAAGUCCCCAAGGUCAUCGUGGCUUUGCCGGCGGUAAGCAGCUGCACGAUACGGAUUUCGUGACCACGACCAUCAGCGCCACGGGCGAGAUUGAAGAGUACCUCAAGUCUGGGAGCACCGAUAGCGAGCUGGGGAUUGUCACCAGGCAGUCAUGGGAGGGCAACUCGGCUUCGAGACCGGGGUUGGAGGGUUGGGAUAGGGAAUUCCCAGGUACAGCCCAAGAUGGAGGUAUACAUAUGACAACGACGGUGGAGAUUUCGGAGGAGUACAGACCGAGGCUUGAGGUACCGAGACCGAUCAAGGCGACUAAAACGGGGAGCUGGGGAAAGGCAUCUGACCGCAGGUUCUUUUGGGAUUCCGGGUAUGGCUUUCGCUCGUGA